AUGAGGUUGAGAAGAAGAAAAACGCCACAAGUCAAACUCGGUAGCUCAACCAGAGGUGAUUCAACAAGAAAGAAGGAAAAAACGAAUAAGAAGAACAAACGAGCAGAGAACAGGACCGGAAGCUCGUACCAAGUUAAAAAGCAGUCGAAAACUCAAUGCUUUAAUUCAACGAGUGACGACACCAUUGUCGUUCAAAUGGGGGGCCAGAGAAAUCCGUCACCGAGACACGAUUUCAUCUCUGAACACGAACACGAUUCUCCCUCCGUCGUCGGCCAUAUCUCCGGGAAGUUUGCCCCACCAUCUCCGGCCAUCGAGGUACAAUGGCGGGCUCGAAAGAACCCUAAAAUCUCUCUCAAGUUCCACCAUUUCAGAUCCGCAUUUAUGUGGCAAUUUUAUCCCCGAUUCUUCUCCAUCGGCAGCCACCCGUACGCGAGCCCUUCAUCUUCACUGGCAUCAGAUGGUCAAGAUCGAAUUGAAGUUCUCCAGGUGGUGUACGCGAGCCCUUCAUCUUCUCUUUGUAUCUCGCUCGCUAGAAUCACCUCCUAUCAGUCCACGAGCAAAGCUCGACGCCAAACCCUCCGUCGUUCUUCGCCAAUUUCGCGGCCAAACCCUCCGUCGUUCUUCGCCAAUUUCGCGCCUCGUUCGCCACACGAGCAAAGCUCUGUCGCCGCCCGUUUGAAGCGACGAACUCUCCGUCCAAAAAAAACGAACCUCUACAUCGUCGGCCGACUCCAUCUCCGAUCUUCUUCUCCGUCGAAGCCCGGCGCAACAAUGGCAUCUUCCUCUAAAUCAAAAGCAGAAUCCCCUCAGAAUAAAGCUUCUUCCUCUAAAUCGAAGGGUAAUGAAUUCCGAUGCAAGUGUUCGCCCUCCUACUUCAAGGGCAUAAUGGACAGGAUAAGUGUAGUUCUAACCGAUGCACACAAAGAUGCAUUAAAAAAGAGUCCCUUUUUUUAUUUUUUGGAUAUGCCGGACUUGUCUGUCACCCACACUAGAGUUCAGGCAUUAGUUAAUGCAUAUAACAUUGAUAGGAAUGCAUUUCUUGUGGGUGACAAUUUGUUUCUUGUCUUCGAUGUGUCUGAAUUUUGCAUCACAAUGGGAUUAAAGGAGAACGGUCUUGGUGUAGAUUUAGACGUCGGUCUGGACUCCAAGGUUUUAUUUGAAUCUUGGGGUCGGCGAGACCGUAAGUCUUUAAAAAGAAAAGAUAUAGUUGAGUUGAUGUGGGAGUUUGGAAUGGAUAAAGGUCGUGUAGACGACUUUAUCCGCAUGUUUACCCUUUUUGUUUUUAGUUGCCUUUUGUUUCCAUCUUCUAGCUAUUCAUUGCCUAGGUUCGUUUACCCUUAUGUGGAAAAUGUCAGUCGAACUGGAGAGUACGCAUGGGGAGAUGCGACUCAUAAGUUUAUUCUUGGUGAACUUGUUCGGCAUGUGGAGGCCAAAGAUAGAUCGUAUUUUGAUGGAUGCACUGUUGGUUUGAUGGCUUGGCUAUAUGAACGUGUGCCUUCUUUGGGUAGGAGAUCCACACUCGAGGCGGUUCCCCGACUAUUUCGAUGGUCGGGGAGCACCUUGCCUAAUACAGUGGAAGGGUGUUCACAAGCCCUUAAGAAAAUCAUGAGGCAUAAGGUGUAUUCGCUAACCCUAGUUCUUGCCGAGCAUCCAUUGGUGGAAAAACAGAGUUCUUUUGAGAACUAUCUAUUGAGCAUCGUUCGUCAUGAAAAUGACGAACUACGGAAAAAAAUUCAAUUGUUGGAGAGUGAUCUGAAAGAGAAAAGAAGUGAAGAAAAAAAAGAAGAGGCGGUCGAAGAGGGAACAAGUGGGAAGGCCAAAGAGGAGACAGAGGAGAAAAAAGAAGGUUUGUCGAAUGAUCAGACGGGUGGUGAUGGUGAUGAUGGUUGGCACACCAGUUGGGCUAUGAUCGGACCGGUUGAUUGCUCGGGGAGGACUAAGAAGGAGAAUGAUGAUGUGGAUGAAGAAUUGGACCGGUUGAUCGCUCGGGUUUCCAAAGGUAUUGGUAUGAGUGAAGGGCAAGUCAAGAAAGGGCUGUCUGAUGAGCCGAACACGGAGCAUAGUAGUCAGAGCUCUCACGUGCCGCGCGGACUGCCGAGUGAGUCAUACCAGCAGUCUUCCAUGGUGAAGAGGGUGAGAGAGAGGGCUAGAAGGAAAAAGAAAACAAAGCCCGCUGAUUUUAUGACUCCCCCGUCUUCCGGUCCAAAAAGGCAAAAGAAAAAAGAAAAUGUGGCAGUGGCAGUGACAGUGACAGUGGCUUCUGAUGACGAGGAUGGUCAGAAUUUAGAUGCUGAGGAAUGCAUGUUGGCAGUGUUUCGGGGACGAAACGAUUAUUGUGGCCAUGAGCACGUACAAGGAGAGGAUGCUGCAGCCAUCCGAUCAUUCCUUGCAAGCAAUCAGCUGAGCAAAACUGUGUGGAGCAAUGACAGAAUUCUGAUUCAAGGCAAAUCAUUAUGUGCUCUUUUGUUCGGCAACGAGUUGGAUUCUCAACUCGUUGAUUGCUGGGGUGAGAUCAUGCAUGGUUGUCAUCCAGAUGUUGUUUCUGUGCCGAUAUAUGUGCAGACUGAUUUGAUAAAUGGCUUGGAGAAAUUCAAGAAAAAAGGUGCUUGGAAGAAGGAGGAUUAUAAUCACUUUGCUUCUAGUCUUUCUAGAAGUACGGUUGCUGUUUUAGAUCAGAUGCUCGGUUCAUUGAAUGGUGUCAGAUACGUCUUCUUUCCUGUGGUCUUCAAGUUUCAUUUCUUUAUGGUUGUGUUGGAUAUUGGAAAGAAACAGUUUGUUUACUUAAACUCCAUGGAUACAGCAAGUUACAAAGGGAUUGGGAAGAAAUUGGUAAGAGUUUUAUGUGUUGUUACUAUUUUUUUCUAA